CUCGCACUCGCAGACUCGCAGUCUCCGCUCCAGUUGCCAAAAACUGAAUCCUCUGCAAGAAAACUAAAUCCAAAUUCAACCUUCUUCUUCUUCUUCUGUUUCUGUUUCUUUUUUCUUUUGUUCAUUUCUCUGGUUCGAGUUUUAUCUCCGAUGGAAUGGUUCUUCAUUUUACCAAUCUUUCUCUAGAAUUAAGAGGGCCAGUUCGCCAUGAUUCUCGUGUCAACGCCCUCUGCCGGCUUGCUUCCAUGUCGGCCGGAAUUUCAGCGGUCUCGUCCUCGUAAGGUCUGCUCUCAAUUGGAUCGAAUUCUUCACCCAAAAGCUUCCGAAUCACCCAUAACGCUCAAUUCGCGACGCAGAACGUGCGAGUGCUUCGAUUUGCAUAAUGAUCUGAUACCGUAUGGCGAUGCGUGGACUUGGCAAAAGGACAUUGUCAGAGAAAAGAAGGCAUUGAUCGACGCGAACGAGGAAUGCCCAGAUACGCUUAUUGUGUUGCAGCAUCAUCCUGUGUACACCAUGGGCACGGACAGUUCAGAAGAAUACCUCAAUUUUGAUCCAAAGGAUUCUCCCUUUUCCAUUUACCGCACUGAGCGUGGCGGGGAGGUUACCUAUCAUGGCCCUGGCCAGCUAGUUAUGUACCCUAUUAUCAAUCUGCGAAAUCACAAGAUGGACCUUCAUUGGUACCUCAGGGCACUUGAGGAGGUGGUUAUACGUGUUCUUUCCUCGACGUUUUCCAUCAACGCUCAUCGGCUCGAUGGUUUAACGGGUGUCUGGGCAGGAAACCAGAAACUGGCAGCCAUUGGAAUUAGGGUAUCUAAAUGGAUAGCAUUUCAUGGAUUAGCUCUUAAUGUCACCACUGAUCUAACUCCAUUUAACUGGAUAGUUCCAUGUGGAAUACGAAACCGCCAGGUCGGAAACGUCAAGGAGUUGCUUAGAGAAGUUGAUUUACACACUGGAUUUCAGAAGAACAUACAUCUUGACAAGGAUUUCCAGUUGAUUGAUACCACUUUUGAAGCUCUGCUACAGGAAUUCUCUGAAGUUUUUCAACUUGAUAUUCAUCAGAAAACCAUCCCCACUUUGGAAAGGUUCGUGAAUCAAGCACCCAAAAGCUGAGGAUCCUGUGGUGAGAUAUCUUAUAAUCUGUAAACUAUAGCUGCUAAACGUUCCUCAUUUGUUAGUUUAUUUUACUAAUAUUAGGCACCAACACCCAGCUUUUUCGAUCUUAAAUCUGCAAACUACUGAUUAUUUUCCA